GACCCGCUGAAGACUGACUGUUACAAACUGUUCUAGUCCAGACUGUUAUUUCAAGUCAACAGAGACAGCCAAUUGGCAGUCUACCCGUCUCAUCAUGUCAACAAUGGAGCCGGUGGCCAACCGACAGAGCUCAGCCGAAUCAUUGGACAAGUGGGCCAGCGAGGUUUGGUGGACGGAGGAGGGCGAAAUGGACCCCACUCUGGCCCAGGACACUACCCCUCCUCCUCACCCGUUGGUCAAACAGGCACCCAGGGCAAAGUCAGAAGACCUGGGGUCGGAAUCUCCAGAUGCUCCAGAGCCUAGACCUCAAGUGUCUCCCUCAAGUGAGAACCUUAGAGACUCAACAAACAAAAUGGCAGGAGUGGUUCCUAAAAUGGAGCAGGAGGCACUUUCUGGGGUAAAUCAGGUGCCUAGCAGUAGAAUCCAGGUGGGUGAUAGUGAAUUGGAACAAGACCUUAAAAUGAUAGAUGACAAUCACUGUGAGAUGGAAGAUGCCAUUGCUUUUCGGUCGCCUCUUGCCUGCACUGACCAAGCCUCACCUGCAGAGGGCGCUCCAGAGACCCAGCCAUAUCCAUUGGAGGAGGAAGAAGAAGAAGAGGAGACCAUUGACUGUAUCAGUGAUGGUAAGGCGGAGGUGAUCUCAAACCCUGUAGAGGAGGAAAUGUCGUCAUCUGACAGCCAGGGUAGCCAGGAGUGGCCCUUGAGAUCUCACCUUGAUGACGUUGUGGAGGAAGACAAAGAAGAAGAAGAUGGUGCCAAGAAAGACAAAGUAGAGGAGUUUCAGUCUGUUGAGAUGAUGGAAAAUGGCGCUGUGCGGUUGGAGUUGAAUACAGAAUGUUCAGCUAGUAGUGAACUUGAGCAGGGGCUGUCAGAGACGGUGUGUGCUACAGAGCAGGUAGCUGACAAGCAAGAGGCUAGUGAAUGCCCAAUCAGUAGUGACAGAGAGAAGACAAUGUCAGACAAUAACAACCAUGAUACUAUGAAGGCUGCUGAAACUAGCACUACCACCCACUCUCCACUAAAAAGAGAGAGUUCCGAUGACAUAUUCUCUGAGUCCCCAGAAAACCCUGAAUCAGCUUUUGCCGGUGAUGGAGAGGAGAACCUGAGUGUUGACUCCAAGCCUUUAGACAUCAGCUCAGCCCGGAGGCAGUGGGUUAGGCUGGACAGUACCAGAAGCAAAGCCCCUCAGCCUGAGCAAUCCAACUCCUCUAGAUCCUCCUCUUGUAGCCACCUAGUAGACCUGGCUCAGCCCCUGGGUGUAGUUACACCAGAUAAACAGCAGGGGGAGCAGUUGUUACGAAAUGUCACUGCUGCCCUGACGCAUCAUAGUAACCAGGAAGUGGCAGCACAACAGGUGUUCAAGGGAGCAACUCCGGCUCCGCCCCUGGCGACGGUCGCCAAGGAGCCAGCUAAUCAGGUCAAGGCAGAUCUCCUUGGCUCUGGCUGUGUUGUAGUGAAAGAGCAGGCGGGUGGAGAGAGAGAGGAGGGAAAGAGGGAGGGAGACAACAGGCAAACAGGUGGAGAGAGAGGGCAUAGAGCGAGUGGACUUGGCGCAGCGGGCGAGGCAGACAGGAAGAAAAGAGUGAAACGGAGCGAAGAAAAGUGGACAAACCCUGGGUUGUUGAUGCCGAGAGACAGUCACAGCAAAGCUUCCAAGAUGAAGUUGGGAGGGGACUUGUUCGAUGACAGCCAGAGUGACAGCGGCGUAUCUGCCGACUUCUCCCCUGGUAGUACCGUGGAGCUCCAAACCACCACCUCCACCCCCACCCUCACCUCUCCUCCUGCCGACGAGACCCCCAUCGAGAGGGAGAUCCGUCGGGCAGUGCAGCGUGAGCAGUCCCUCAGGAGAUCCAGGGGCCUCCACAACAAGCCGCCCACCCAGGAAUAUGUGGACAUCCCCCUAAGGAAGUCAGUCUUGACUGAGACCCUGCCUUCCAAACUGGACAAGAGCCAGGAGGGGAAGGACCGUCAGUUUGCGGGGAAGAAGAUGCAGAAGGAGAUCAGUGUAGAGACCCAGAGGGAACAGGUCCUGGUUCAACUAGGGAAAGUUAGAGGUUCCUAUGACAAGGGGACAGUACGCCAGCUCAAGGAAAGGAAGAAGUUAUUUGAAGCUUUCCAGGAGCCCAAGGAGACAUCCUUGAUGAUAUUGUCCCAGAGCAAGGCACCCUCCUGGGCUUCGGCGAGUGACCUCUCCACCCUGGAGAUCCAGGGGAACGACGCUUCAUCUGUGUCCUUUGUCGGAGGCUCGUUUGGGGAGAGAAGACGUAGUAGCCUGGAGCUGAUGUCCCAGAACCAGAGCCCCUCUGGAACACCUAAAGGCAUCACCUACACCCCUCAUGGGGCCCCUGUCCCCCGGGGACCCAUUCUCUCCGAGAGCACCGGGGGCCAGAUCAUCAUCCUGGAUAACCACCACCACCUGGUUCUUCCCGCUCCGGCCCACGUCCACCACGUCUCCAAGCCCCUCAGGCACUCCCACAGUAUGGGCACGCUCACCGAGACACAGGGCCUCACCGUGGUCGACUCCGCUUCCAUAUACUCCUCAACCAGUGCACUCAGCGGAGAAGAGAGAAGGGGUUUUUGGAGGGAUGAGGAUGGAGGGAGGAUGGAUCAGGAGGAGGAGGAGGAGGAGGAGGUUCCAAAGGAGAACCCCUUCUUCAAGCUGCGCUCCUCAUCGGUGUCUCAGGACAAGGUGGAGCAGGAUAUCCGGGAAGCCAGGGAGAGAGAGAAGGAGCUGCGGAGGCAGAGGAGCAGUCUGUACGGGGGAGGAGGAGGAGGAGGAGGAGGAGGAGGGGGGAGGCCAGCCAGUAGGGAGGUACAGAGUCCCACUUCUCCUCCUCCUCCACCUCUACUUCUACAGAACGGACUGGCGACCUCUGAACUAUCUGUCACCCCCUCAUCGCGUACAGCCUCUGCAACACCAACAGCGCGACAGUCUCUUGGGAAGCUGGGCAUGUGGCCUCCACCACAGACAGAUGGGUAUCCGGAUAGCCAAUCAGAGGGCCUCCAGAGCCCGCGGACCCCCAGACAGAAGACUCCUCUCCUGCAGCGCUGGGAGUCCGGCCAGGUCAUGAACGGCCAUGGAGGGGAGGAGGAGGACUAAGACAGGCCUUGUGUCAGUUUGUCCUUUUUGAGCAUAAUGAACAAGAUUACAAUGACAAUGGGGGACUUGACCCUAGAUCAGUACUCCUAUUAUGAGACGGUUUAUGAAUACAGGCCCUGAUCUACUGCUGAAAGCUCAGCGGAAGGACGGGAAGAAACCAGAUCAUUGGAAUGAAGAAUUAGAAACAGACAACCAUGGAAGUAGAAUAUGUGAAAAUGCACUGGAGAAACAGAGGUUUUGGGAGUUGGAACUCUGGACUUUUGGAACCAUUUGAAUGUCAUAUCAGAACUUUGGAACUGAACUGUAAAUUGGAGCUUUGGAAUGCAGUGGGAGAGAUUGGAACCAAUGGAUGGUCAUUGGAAGAUGUUUUUACCAGAAGAGACUGGCCGAAUCUCUACAGUACGGUUUUUGUGAGGGUUGAAGGAAGUCGAAAUGGGUUACGUUGUAUUGCUUCUGAAGCACAUGACUCAGCAUGGAUGUAUAUGGAUAUGUAUAAAAUGCACAUUUUGUGAUGAAUCUAUUUUGGGAGAAUAUUUCCUUCCCCGUAGUUUCUAUUUACUAUAGAUAAGCCGUUUCUACAGUAUGUAAGUUGACAUUAUGAUAUAAUUAUGUGUAAUUAAUUAAGUGAUUAACAAAUGCAAUCUACAUUCAGUCAGCUACUACAAAUCAAGUGAGUCCACAUAGUAAAUACUGCUAAAUCUAAUGUAUGAUACCGAUCUAACAUAAUCAUUCAUCAGAGAUGGUGUUUUUAUGCAAGAUGAUGUCCAUAAAGUAGUCAAGAGGAACAAUUACAUACAUGUAAACCCAAUGUCUUUCUGCUUUCAUGUUUGUGUCUGAUUGCUACUAAAACACACAGGAAGAAUGAUUAGGUGCACACACAGUAGUGGUGAUGUGAGGAGCUGUUGUAUCAGCAGGGUGGAUCACCCAUUGUCACAGUGUAACUCGUGAGACUUGCCCAGUUUUUACUGCCUUUGGGCUGGGCUGACACAGGCAUAGGGAGUCCAAAUGUCAUACACUCAAUCAAUGAAUGACAGCGUAGUGGCAAUGACAUCAAUGGCGUGACUUAGUAGAGUUUUGUUUCAAGUUAAAACGCCUAACAUGUACCUUGCCCUUUUUGGGUGGUUGUGUCCAACAAUGAUUGAGCUAAACGCGCGCUGGAAGUUGCGACUGGCAAACUUGAAGGUCCAGCGUGGGUUUAGUGGGAACACUGAGGCUGUACCUGCUUUAAGUUACAGUUUUAACAGUGGCCAAGUAGGCUAAUGUGGCUAUUUGAUCGUAAUGUAGGCCUGCCAGAGUGGCCUACCAUCAAAAACAAUGGAGAAAAUCAAAUGUUAUUUGUCAUAUGCGCUGAGUACAACAGGUACAGUGAAAUGCACCGUACAGUGAAAUGCUUACUUACAAGCCCUUAACCAACAAUGCUUUAAGAAGUUUUAAGAAAAAUAAGUGUUAAGUAAAAAAUAGAUAAGUACAAAAUAGUAAAUAAAACAAACAAAUAAUUUAACAGCAGCAGUAAAAUAACAAUAGCGAGGCUAUAUACAGGGGUUACCAGUACAGAGUCAAUGUGCGGGGGCACCGGUUAGUCGAGGUAAUAUGUACAUGUAGGUAGAGUUAAAGUGACUAUGCAUAGAUAAUAAACAGAGAGUAGCAGCAGCGUAAAAGAGGGGUCUGGGUAGCCCUUUGAUUAGCUGUUCAGGAGUCUUAUGGCUUUGGGGUAGAAGCUGUUAAGAAGCCUUUUGGACCUAGACUUGGCACUCUGGUACCGCUUGCUGUGCAGUAGUAGAGAGAACAGUCUAUGACUAGGGUGGCUGGGGCCUUGACCAUUUUUAGGGCCUUCCUCUGAGACCGCCUGGUAUAGAGGUCCUGGAUGGCAGGAAGCUUGGCCCCAGUAAUGUACUGGGCCGUACGCACUACCCUCUGUAGUGCCUUAUGGUCGGAGGCCAAGUGGUUGCCAUACCAGGCAAUGAUGCAACCUGUCAGGAUGCUCUUGAUGGUGCAGCUGUAGAACCUUUUGAAGAUCUGAGGACCCAUACCAAAUCUUUUCAGUCUCCUGAGGGGGAAUAGGAUUGGCGUGACCUCUUUACGUGUUUGGACCAUGUUAGUUUGUUGGUGAUGUGGAUCCCAAGGAACUUGAAGCUCUCAACCUGCUCCACUACAGCCCCGUCGAUGAGAAUGGGGGCAUGCUCGGUCCUCCUUUUCCUGUAGUCCACAAUCAUCUCCUUUGUCUUGAUCACGUUGAGGGAGAGGUUCUUGUCCUGGCACCACCCAGCCAGGUCUCUAACCUCCUCCCUAUAGGCUGUCUCAUCGUUGUCGAUGAUCAGGCCUACCACUGUUGUGUCACCGGCAAACUUAAUGAUGGUGUUGGAGUCGUGCAUCCCAUAACAUUUUAACAUGAAAAUAGUCGUUCUAUCAUUCAGCCUACAGUAGCAGCCAAUGUGUGGUGUUCAAUGUAGGCCUACAAUCCAUGAGAAAAAAACAUGCAGGGCUUGACAUUAAGGGCUUGUCAGUCACCUCCUUCAAACACAUCCCCACAGCAUGAUGCUGCCACCACCAUGCUUCACUGUAGGGAUGGUGCCAGGUUUCCUCCAGACAUGACGCUUGGCAUUCAGGCCAAAGAUUUCAAUCUUGGUUUCAUCAGACCAGAUAAUCUUGUUUCUCAUGGCCUGAGAGUCCUUUAGGUGCCAUUUGGCAAACUCCAAGUGGGCUGUCAUGUACCUUUCACUGAGGAGUGGCUUCUGGCUGGCCACUCUACCAUAAAGGCCUGAUUGGUGGAGUGCUGCAGAGAUGGUUGAGCUUCUGGAAGGUUCUCCCAUCACCUCAGAGGAACUUUGGAGCUCGGUCAGAGUGACCAUCGGGUUCUUGGUCACCUCCCUGAUUGCUCAGUUUGGCCGGGCGGCCAGCUCUAGGAAGAGCCUUGGUGGUUCCAAACUUCUUUCAUUUAAGAAUAAUGGAGGCCAUUGUGUUCUUGGGGAUCUUCAAUGCUGCAGAAAUGUUUUGGUACCCUUCCCCAGAUCUGUGCCUCGACACAAUCCUGUCUUGGAGCUCUGCGGACAAUUCCUUCGACCUCAUGGCUUGGUUUUUGUUCUGACAUGAUAUGUCAACUGUGGGACCUUUUAUAGACAAGUGUGUGUCUUUCCAAAUCAUGUCCAAUCAAUUGAAUUUACCACAGGUGGACUCCAAUCAAGUUGUAGAAACAUCUCAAGGAUGAUCAAUCGAAACAGGAUACACCUGAGUUCUAGAAACCUGUUCUCACUUUUUCAUUAUGUGGUAUUGUGUGUAGAUUAAUGAGGAUUUUUUAUUUAUUUUAUUAAUUUUAGAAUAAGGCUGUAAUGUAACAAAAUGUGGAAACAGAGAAGGGGUCUGAAUACUUCCCAAAUGCACUGUACAUCUUCUGCGCUCUGUGCCGUAGAGUUGUGCCUCAAGGAUGCGUUUUAGGUCCCCUGUUGUUUGUCUGUAAACUAAAUUCAACUAAAUUGGGAGACAUAUUGAGACAGCUGAUGUACAUUUUUAUGCAGAUGACACUGUUCCUUAUUCAAGUAGCAGCAGUUUGACUUUGGCUUUUGAAAAAGCUCAAACCUGUUUUAACAUCAUUCAACAGAAUCUGUUUAAUUUGUGAGCUUGUUCUGAAUUCCUCUAAAACGUGUAUGGUAUUUUCCAAUAAUAAACACUGAAAACCA